AUGAAGGGGCGCUCGCACCGCCUGCCGCCGUCGGAGCCGCCGGACGACUGGGGCGACGGCUCCUGGACGGUGGAUUGCUCCUGCGGCGUGACCUUCGACGACGGGGAGGAGAUGGUCAGUUGCGACGAGUGCGGAGUCUGGGUCCACACCCGCUGCUCCCGCUUCACCAAGGGCGAGGCUUCGCCUGCCACAACUGCAAGGCCGCCGCCGCAGCGGCCAACAGGGGUCCCUGGCGGCGACCCGGGUCUCUUCCAGGGCCUCUCGUCGGUCUUCACCUCCGAGCUGUGGCGGUGCACCGGGUACGUUCCCAAGAAGUUUAAUUUCCGGUACAGGGAGUUUCCUUGCUGGGACGAGGAGGACGGCGAGAACCAGGCCAGCAGGGGGGCGGACGUGCUGUUCUCCCUGUCGAAGGAGAAGGAGGCUGUCCCUUGUGUACCCGUGAGGACUUUUGAGAGGAAAGUGUCUCCGGACAGGGUCAGGAAGGCAGAGGGAGAGAAAGCUUCAAGCGGUGGCGGCUGCUCGUUGAGUUCUGGGAAGAAGGAGAGGAGCAAGCUUCGCACUUUCGGGGCUUCUUCGGGUAAGAAGAGGAAGGAAGAGGCAGGGGAGGGGAAGGACCGGAGCGCAAAGAAGAAAUCUAGGAUUGAUGUCGACAAAGCUUUGGGUGAUAGUAAGAAGAGAGAAUUUGGUUUUGUUGUUUUUUGGGGUUUAAUGUAA